UGCCCUCUUAAAUCCACUAGACCAAAUAGAUCACGCAUACACACACUACACCCAACCCUCCUCUCUCUCUCUCUCUCUCUCUCUCUCUCUCUUUUGCACACCUUUCUUUCACAACUCAUAAUCAAGGAAAAUUUUAAAACAAAAAAAAAAAGCAGAUCCAAGGUGGUGGUUAAGCUGUCAUUCCAUCAAUCAAUCAAUCAAUCAAACUAGACCAAUCAUCAAUCCUGUUUUUUAUAAAAGAAAAGAGGAAUCAAAUCAGAAAACAAUGUCAUCCUCUUCUUCUUCCUCUUCUUCUUCUUCUUCAACAUUGUCUUUGGACCACCUCUCUCCUUCCGAGCAGCUCUGUUAUGUCCAUUGCAACAUUUGCGACACUGUGCUCGCGGUGAGUGUUCCUUGUACAAGUUUGUUCAAGACCGUCACGGUUCGAUGCGGUCACUGCACCAAUCUGCUUCCUGUUAACAUGCGCGGUUUGCUUUUGCCUUCGCCUAAUCAGUUUCAUCUGGGUCACUCUUUCUUUACCCCUUCCCAUAAUCUUCUGGAGGAGAUUCCAAAUCCAACCUCCAACUUUCUGAUGAACCAAACAAGCAUGAAUGACUUUGCUGUACAACCAAGAGUAGGAGGAGGAGGAGUUGAUGAGCUUUCUAGGCCUCCUGUUAUUAAUAGACCUCCGGAGAAGAGACAGAGAGUCCCCUCCGCGUACAACCGUUUCAUCAAGGACGAGAUCCAACGCAUCAAGUCUGUAAAUCCUGAUAUUUCUCACAGAGAAGCUUUCAGUGCAGCUGCUAAAAAUUGGGCCCACUUUCCACAUAUUCACUUUGGUCUCAUGCCCGACCAGACUGUGAAGAAGACAAACGUUCGCCAGCAGGUUUACCAAUAUUUCCCAGAGGGUGAAGAUGUUAUGAUGAAAGAUGGGUUUUUCGCUUCGGCUAAUGUUGGUGUUUCUCCUUACUAAAUCAAAGGACCUGAAGCUAUGUGUUAUGGGAGUAUGCGAAAGGUAGAGAAAAACAAGGUUUUGAGGGGUCCAAAAUGCUUUGCUUGUGGAGAGUUUAAAAAGGCUUAAUUUACUUCAUAUGCUACUAGAAGACAUCUUUUAAAUUAAUGUUAAUACUUGUCUUUAAUGUACUUUUUUUUUUUUUUUUUAAGAUCUUUCUUGAAUUUCUUAAUUCUAGCUUUGAAAAGACCUUUUGUUUGAAGGCUUUUAUCGUUUUAUGCUAUGACAAUGCUCACCGAUGUAGCUCUGGUUGCUAAGCAAUCAACCAGCUAUAGUUUGUUGUUUUU